AUUUGCCUGUUGUUGCCUGUUACUCAGUCUGUAAAGUCGUUCGGUGGUUGUGCCCUUGGACCACCGUCGAUUUUUCUUUCAUCUAAAUGAAUGAUUUUCGCCUUUCAUAGCUGACUUUUGUCAGUAAACAUUAAACUUUUCAUCCGUCAUCGAUAAAAUCACGUUGGACUUAUACUUAAGUGAAUAAUUUAUCGGAUUUAAACCACGGAUCGGAGUGACCUAGUUAACCCGGCAAACAUCCAGCUGAUCGUUAAAUAUGGAGGCAAAUCAACACUUGGCUGACGAUUAUAUUAGCGAUUUCGAUCUUGUGCAUUUUGAGGUUCCAACUAAACCAGUGAUAAAAAAGGAAAUGGAUGAAAAAUUUAGCGAACCUUGUUGUGCAAAUUUAGAAAAAUCACCUAGUCAGCCGUUAACACCGUUAGAUUCUGGUCGCACAACACCGAUCAGCCCGGAUAGUCGCAGUGUGCCUUUAUCGCCGACGGGCAGUGAAGUUUCUACACCUUCGCCGGCAGGUCUGCCUAAAUCGUUCAUAGAAGAUUUGUCCUGGCUAACGCAGAACGUAACAUUUCCACAUGGUAAUUCAGAAAUCACCCCUGACGAAGCUGUUGAUGUUCUUAUAUCAUCGAGCCCAGAGUUCGUGCAGAGUUUUCAGAAGUACCUUGUAUCAGGGGCUCGACCACUGUCUCGCCAGACAUCAGUACAGUCCCAAUGUUCACAGAACUCCAUACAGGUGUCUCAGAACGCCUUACAGCUAUCACAAAACUCGCAGAAAUGCGAGGAAGUUGAUCCAGUUGAACCAUUAAUGGAAAUGAUAAAAGACGAGAUCCCAACGCCGCCGGAAAGCCCAAUGGAACAAACGGAAAUGACCCCAGCGUCAUCUGUAAACUCGUUAACACCCCGACGGCGACGAAAAGACACUUACACACCGAGCACAUCCGAAUGUGAGCUGGAGGACGAAGACCUAGUCACACUUCCGGUUAGGGAGCUCAAUAAACGACUUCAGGGUUUGUCUAAAGAUGAAAUUCAACGUUUAAAACAGAAGAGGCGUACUCUAAAAAAUCGAGGGUAUGCACAAAACUGUAGAUCUAAAAGAAUGCAUCAUAAAACACAAUUAGAACGUACAAACAAUUCAUUAUUGGACCAAAUAGAUGCUCUUCAAAGUCAUGUAGCUAUGCUAACGAGAGAAAAGAAUUACUUCAAGCAGCAAAAUGACCUUCUCAGGGCGAAGUUAGGAAUCCCUCCUACAGUUAGCAACUCUACAGGUCAGUCUUGUGAGAGCUCGCUCUCAAGUUACCCCAGCUCACCAGAAUAUGGAAUCUGAAUUACACGUGCAUUAGUGCUAAUCUUGUAUAUACAUGCAGCAAAGUUGUCACUGUUUUGGAAUAUUACUUGAUCAUAUGUUCAUGUAAGUAUCUGCUUUUCAUGUUUUGAAAAUAGCUUCUCACAAGAACACUUGCAACUAAUUAGCUGAAAACGUUAUAGAUGUGAGCUGUUUCCAGGAGACGCUUGAUCAUGACCGUUUAAACAUGGCAGUUGUGCAUGAAAGGUCAAUAAAACUGAAUGAAGCAAACUUUUGAAGUUGGCAGCAGACCAUUACAGUAGAGCAAUGAUAUGACAUGACUUGUGAUACGGAUAGGUUCGUUUUUCAUCGUGUAUACAUACGUCAAAAUGUAUAUAAAUUCUGUUUGUAGCUUGAUGCUAUCAUGGAAAAAGGACAUGAACGUGAUAAAUUAUGAAUGUUUUCAUAUAAUUGUAUACAUAUGUAUAAAGUAUGUGGUUACAAGUUUACAGAUAUGUAUGUGAUACAUUUUGCUUCUCCUACCACAGUGGUCAAAUGUUUGUGAUAAUUUGUAACACAAUUAAGUCAACUUCGUGCAUUUUUAUUAGCGACUGUAAUCAUUAUUACAUGUAUUAUCUCGAACAUUUGCUGUUAUGUAUUAUAGUAAAUGCAAUUUGUCCUAUUUCACAGAGUUUUAUGUGCCUAAAUUGUAAGUUUUAUUAAAAUGCAGGUAAGCAUUGUAUUGAGGGAUUUCAAUGCCUCCAUUAUUUGUAUAUGUAAAUGCAUAAUUUCAUUAUCUGUUUUAAUUAUUAGUGCUUAUAAUGAUUCUUGUUCCUAAGCUGAGCGGAAGAGUUAUUGUUCAUUUUAGUCACUGUUUCGAACCAUGCUUGUAUUGUAAAUUUAAUACUACAAAAAUAUAUGUGCGUACUAAUAAACUUUGAUAAUGUGGCAGUUGACCUAAAUCCAAUCGACACUGUUUAUUUUCCAAUACAGGUAAAUCCAAUAUUUGCUUUACAAUAGAUCUAUGACGGAUUAUCUUUGAACAUCCCUGGACUUAUUGGACUCGACUGCCACAUUAUCAAAGUUUAUUAGUAGGGUUACCCGAUCCAUCCCAGAAUUGAGUCCCGGCUUAACGUCUCUGCAUAAGGAAUAAUUAGAAAGAAGAAGUUAGAAAAAAGGUAUUGACGAGCUACCAGACAUUUUGGGGGAUCAGCUAACCCUAAACGCAUACAUGUAUUUGUUUCAUUCUGCGACUGACAGCAACAACAUCGUUUUAUCAGUAUCUACACCUUCAAAACUCGCAUACUUUACUUGAAGUCUGUUAAAUAUUGUUGAAAUGUACAAUUUAUAUGUUUUUCAUUUUGUGUAUAACCUGCAGUUUGUCAGACACUAAGAGUCGAAACGUGUGUUUAUAAAUUGCCGGCAUUCCUGUCUUCUGCUAUCGUAUACAAAGUUAUACAUGUAUAUUCACAGGCAUGCAGCAGAACUCGUUGGUAUAUUCUGUACAAUGUAAAAAUGAAUUAAUUCCUAGGAGUAUUGCCUAUACAUUCUGCACGGUGUACAUAUAUCAUGUUGACCUGUUCUUGUUUUAUUUCGUUUUACUGGGGAUGUGCUUUUAUUCCGAUAUCAAAUAUUUGGCUGUAUCUUAAAACGCAUCUCGGCUAAUGUGCAUGUUCGAUCGUUGGCAAAGUAAGAAGCACUAGCAAUAUUUAGCAGCGAUAUUAUAGUGUGGUUUAUUGACCUUCUAUUACAAGACUCUCGUUAAAACAUCAAUUAUGCAUUGUGUAAUGAUGCUGAACUUCUUUAAGUGGUACUCGUGAAAAAUCAGACUGACACGUUUCUCUAGCUUAGUUACACAGCUUACUAUAUAUACACACUCGGCUUAUUUACAUGUAUACAAAUGUAUGCAGUGUUAUGUCUUACGAACCAAAUUGUAAAGAGACGUUUAGUAUAUAUACAGUGCAUACGAUCGUAUCUUAGCUAUGAAACCAGACAGGUUUAAGUUUUUGUCGUAUUCAUACACGGCAUGUAUUCUUUCUUGUCAUACAAGUUUUAUGAAUCGGGCUUUUAUACUCCGUAUUUGUGUAUACAUUUAACAUUUAAACUUGAAAUAAUUGCAUAAAUCCACAGUUGUUUGUACGGAGAGUAAAGGUGCGGCUUGUUUAAUAUAUUGUAAACCCUCACCGACUUUGUCAUGUAGCUAGGGCAGAUUAAGAUACGGUGGCCUAGUUUUAAACAGUAUUUUUUUUUCUCUUUCAUUUUUUUUGUCCAUUAAACUUGCGUUCUGUUACAUAUUUUGUCAUUAUGGAUGAAAGGAUGGACUGGGCGAUUAUGAAUGAUGAAAAGUUUUUUUAUGUAUUAAAUUGUGAGGCAUUAAAUAUUUAUAAUUUUUGUUUCAUUAAUGUCUUUAAAUCGAGAUAUAUAUUUAUGUAUUCAAGAACGCACGGUUUAAACAUAGCUCCUUAACACAAAGGGAAUGUCCACCCUCAUAUAAACUAAUUUGUAGGUGAUCCUUUUGUAAGUUCUCAUAUAUCUAACAAUCGCUCCACUUCACGUGACUUCUUCCAUUUUACGUUUGAUUAUUUUAAUACCAGGCAAUUUAUAAAAGACAUCUUAUUUGCCUUUUUGCUUUUAUAGCUUUGAAAUCUCAUUUAUUUCGUCAACCUCACUGCAAGGGCAUUUCGUUACUUAGUAACACCAGUGAAAUAUUGACGUCAUAUCUGUGAUAAUUGUCUGGUUUACGCGCCGGACAUAUAACGUCUCGUAAGAUGUAACAUAACAAACGUUUAUGUAUAUAGCAAAUUAUCGUUUUCAUUUCCCUUUUUAAAGCAGCCUGUUGAGUGUGAGCCUGUUGAGUGUGUGAUUCCGUGUUUUUCUUUGCCUUUUAAGGUAACGAGGAAAAAAAUCAUUAAUUUAAAUUCUUCAAAGUUUGUGUGUUUAUGAUCAAGUGUUGUUGAAAUCGCCUGUUUUUUUUAAAGCAUAUAGCAGAUGGCUGUAUCCAUACUCUAUUUUUUGCUUUCCAAUCUCAGUUUUAAAUGUACUUAUUUGCAAUAUACACGUACGCUGCCAUACAUAAUUAAAUAUUGAAUGUAUCCUUCCGACAAAGUAAUGCGGUCAAUUGAAAACAGAAUGUGUUCCCCAUAACACAUGUUUUUUCCCGAUAAUGUCUUACAUGGUUUGUUAAGUAUGUGUGUUCUGUCAGACUGAAGGGUAAAACAUUUAUAGGUUAAUUACCGUAAACCAAGUAUACUGAAAAGAUAUACCACUAUAAUACCUUGAUAUUUCUGUUUUACCACCAAAUAUUUACAAAAAGCUGGCCUAAUUUUUUCCACUGUUGUUAAAAUAAUACUAAAAUAGUUUUUACGAAUUUCUGAGCGAGUCUAGAUUGUUUCAAAGCGCAACAUGAAAUGAACGGUCAUUUUGUUGUUUCCCAAAUAAUUCGCUUGUAACAAAAGAAAUACUAAAAAAAAAAAAAUAGCAAAAACACAAAAUUUUCAUAGUAAACUAAAAUCAUAUUUAAUUUUUUGACUUCAUUAUCCAUUUUCUGGUUUAGGUUUAUCAAAAAUAUCACCAACAUACCGUAUAAACUUAGAACAAGUGUCUUAGAAUUUUUUUUGGGUAAAAGAGAAUUCUUUAUUGUUUAUUGCGGUUUCGUAUUCAGCCUUCGGGGCAUUUAAAAUCAUUAAAAACAAUUAAGCUGCUGAUUAUCAUGAAAUUGUGCGAUUAUCUAGUUGGUUUUUAUAUAAAGCUUACUUUGUUUCCUUCAUAAAAUUUGGUAACAGGUGUUUUAAUUGAAUACAGCAAGCGGGAAUAGGAGCCCCCUCCCUCUCCCCCUCCCCGCAUUCCUACUACUCUCCCCCCCCCCCACCCCCCAAAGGAGGCUUAUAGGACCCUUGCCCUGGACCCAAACACACUGAAAGUGGCUCUCAAUUUCAGGGGUAUUCGUCCCUUGCAAGUGGUAUCUCUUGUUAAAACUUCUAACUGUCCUCCAAGUCGUUAUUUCUAAAUAGGUAAUCAAGUAUUGUAGGUAUUAAGUGGUAACUGAAGUUUUGGCACAUGGUGCACGUGCAUUCUGUGUCGUGUUUCCUUUUCCAGUUCUAGUGAGCGAAAGACGCUAUACAUAUUGAAUGUAAGUUAUUGAACAAAUAUAAUAAUAAUUAUCCCCUACGAGACUCAAAUAUAAAGAUCUGAUUGUUUUUUUUUACCUGAAACGAACUUUAAAAUGUCUGUUUGUCCUUACGCCUCGGCGAAAUGUACAUCUUUGGGGAAGUAUUGUUGGCGCGCCAAGUUCUGUAAUAAAAAAGGAUGUCUGUGAUUAAUGAUCAUUUUUCUCAAUACUAUCGUAUUGUCCACCAAUUUUAAUACGCUAUAAAAAGUGCUAUUUGUGAUUUUGUUUUUGUUUCUCGCCAAAAGUUAUGUUGAAAAUAAACAUGUUGUCUUUUUGUUAGUUUUGUUUAUUGUCAAAUAGGAGUUUUACUAUGGAUGCGUUUGAUAUUUGCAAUUAUGUAAUUUGCAGUUCUUUGGUUUUGGUUCCAUCUUGUGUUAGAUGAAAUAUUAAAUAAACAUACCUUGUUGUUCGGGGUAGCUAUUGUAUACACUUGUAUGUUUAAUAUACGAUUACACUGGCUGCAACAGGGAAAGGAGUUCUAAAUGAGAAACUUCACUUAUUAGCCCUUACUCUGCUAAAUUUCUAUAAUGAACUUGUCCAUCUUUCAAUUUGGCCAGUAGUCACAGUACCAUUAACUGUUAAAAAGGGUGAAUACCAAAAAGAUACGGACUGAAUGGUGAACAGUGCAGGUCAUGGUCAGACUGCACGGAUGUGCAGGCUGAUCAUGCUUUGCACUAGUCGCAGAGGCAGAAUCAAUCGGUUCCAGCAUGGUAAGGGUUAGAAGAGAAUGUAGUUGAACAAAUACAUUUAAAGUGUUUGGGGCUGUAUUCAACGAAAUAUGAAAAUUAUAUACCAAUAUUUUAGAACAAUUUUGCUGUAUGUGUAGACCAGUAAAUAAAUAGUUUUAAGUUACUGAUUACAUACAUGUACAUUAAAAGCAGCCCUGUUCGGAAUAUAAUGACCGAAACUUAGGCCAUUGUUAUUGCGUUAUUUUCCGGUUUUAUAGUUGCAACUUGUUACGAGACUGUUGUUGUUGAUAAAGUCUUGUUGUAACUUCAAUUGUUUUAUAUAUAAAGUGAUAAUAAACUGUUGUAACAUGUUACAAAUUAUUAUGUUAUCAAAGAGUUAUUUUAUUAUUAUUAUUAUUGUUACAACAAGUAAAGUUUAGCCAGACCUUGUGUUAAACGUAUAUAUACCAUUCUCAAAGCAGCAACACAAGAGUUUUAAAAAUCCAUUGUACAGUAUCAAUUAGAUCAAAGUGAGUGGUGCGGUUAGAGGUCUUAUGUUUAUUUAGAUAUGUUGCAAAAGUGUUAUGAUAAGAAAUUUUUGUUAACACUCUUAAAGCAAUCCUGGCACACGAAUUCGGUGCUGAAAAACAACAACAGUUUGUUAGGAAGUAUAAAAAUAUCGUAGAGCACAGUUGCCGCCUACAGUGCUUUCUAUAGCACACUUUGUUAUUGCAAAUUUGUUAUGGUGAGAUAUUCUUGUUUUUGAAUCGGGUGUGUUUUAAGCAAAUAGACGCACAAAAUGACUUGUUAUUUUAGGUAUCUUACAGUUGUGUUUUAUAUGAUGCUCAUGUUUUAGAAUAAAUUUUUCAUAACAAGAAAACUGGGGCACACAAUCACAGUGCUGUUACACACACUAUGUUAUUGCAUGUUGAAUAUCUGUGUAAGAUAUUUUCUACUUUUAGAGCAAAUCAUGUGAAAUAUGUUAUUUCCUGUUACAAAUUCGUUAUGAACAGACGUUUGUUUUUGAGCUGUGUUACCAGUAUAGCAGACGCACAAUGAUCUGUUUAAAUGGACUUGUAUUAUGUAAUUAAAUGCUAAAAAUGACAGUUGGAAUAGUGUUGUUUAUAUAAUUACAUAGCAAGUAAAAGUUGCAUUUUUUUA